AUGGCGAGAAUGCCUGCCAGCGGAGACACGGACCAGGAGCAGAUGAGCUGCCCCGAAGAGAGCAGGGGUGAGGAUAAUGAGGAUGAAGAUGAAGAUUUUAUCCAGGAGGUCCAGAUCACGGGGGAGGAGGAGGAGGACGAGGACUCCGACAGAGAUGGUGUGGAGCUGGAGUGGGAGUCAGGGAGCACUGUGCUGGACUCCGCCGCGGAGACUCGAGCGGUCGUUAUGCGGAGUAUGGACCAGGGAGAGGCGGAUCCCUUCAGCAGCAGCAUCCCCACUGGGCUGGAGCCUUACCUGGAGGGAGACCUUCAGCGGACGGAGCGGAACAGGCUGAGCGAGAACACCCGCCUUGCCACCCGGUAUGCGGUAAGGAUCUUCAGGGAGUACCUCAGUGAGAAAGCCCAAAGUCCGGACUUUGAAACUCUGGACAAGGAGGCGCUUUGCGCGGUGCUGCGCUCCUUUUACGCAGAGGCGCGCUCUAAAAGUGGACAGCUGUACAGCAAGUCCUCCCUCAUCAGCAUCCGGAGCUCGCUGAACCGGUACCUGAACGAACCGCCCUAUUGUCGCACCUUAGACCUCACCAAGGACCCCGAACUGCGCAGCGCCAACCUGACCCUAGCCGCGGUUAUUCGGAGGCUGGAGGAGCAAGGCGCCGGUCCCGUGGUGCAGAAACAAGCCAUCACGCGCUCAGACCUGCGGAAACUGUAUGAGUCCUCGGUGUUCAACACCGACACGUCGUUCGGGCUCCUUAACAAAGUCUGGUUCGAGACUUGUAUGUAUUUUUGCACCAGGGGCCGGGAAAACCAGCGGGAACUGGAAGAGGACUCGUUUGGCCUGGCCGUGGACGAGGAUGGGAGAAAGUUUGUUUAUUUUAAAGCUCUCGGACCAUAUCACAAGUCCCGGUCCACCGCUUGGACCAAGAAGCGUCCGGACGCAGACGAGGACACCUUACCGCGGAUGUACGAGACGGGCACGGAGCAGUGCCCUUACGCCAGCUUCGUCCGGUAUCUGUCCAAACGGAACCCUCUCUGCAGGGCUUUCUUCCAGCGGCCCCGGGACCACUGCUGCGCGAGCGACGUGACGUGGUAUGAGAACAAAGCCAUCGGUAAGAACCUGUUGGGCACGAGAAUGCAGAUGUUGUCGCGCGCUGCCAAGCUCUCCAAGACCUACACCAACCACUGCAUCGGUGCGGUCUCUAUAGCAACGCUGAACAGCAUCGUAGGCGCCGCAGGCUCCAGGCCGACGACGACGCUUUAUGUUGCCACGGAAACGGUGAACGGUCACGCGCAGUCCCACCUCCAGCUCGUGAUCCCAUACGUCCGCCGUGUAGCCGAUUCUGCCGAGGGGAAGCCGCAGCGCUCAGAGACAGAAACAUUUUCUGCAACCAUAAACGCGACCCUCUCAACAACAGAGACCAGAUCCAGCACCGUGGAGGACUCAGAGGCUCCUCGCGCCAAGAAGCUGUGCGUGCGCUCCAUGACGAGUGCGGAUUCUCCCGUGGAUCAGGACGAGAGGGAGCCGGCGGUGCCUGCGAGAACCAAGGAGCCCCAUGCUGAUCCGAACUCCACUGUUGGGUCUCUGGUCGCUCCACCCACACGGGAAAGCCCCGGAGGCAGCAGCAAUAUGUCAAGUCAGCAGCUGGUCUCUGUGUCUCCUGUCUCUCCUCUGGGCUCUGCAGGCAUCCCCACACCUGCCAAGCUCACCAAAACGAAUGCACCUGUCCACAUUGAUGUAGGAGGACACAUGUACACCAGCAGCCUGUCCACGCUCACAAAGUACCCUGAGUCACGGAUCGGUCAUUUGUUUGAUGGAACAGAGCCCAUCGUGUUGGACAGCCUAAAGCAGCACUACUUCAUCGAUCGUGACGGCCCAAUGUUCCGCUACAUACUAAACUUCCUUCGCACCUCAAAACUCCUGAUCCCUGAUGACUUCAAAGAAUAUUCCCUACUGUAUGAAGAGGCCAGUUUCUUCCAGCUAGCUCCUCUGCAGGCAGAGCUGGAACGCUGGAGGACAGAGCGGGAAUGUGGUGGGGUGUGUCAGGAGUGUGAGUGUGUCAUGAUUCAUGUGGCUCCAGAGCUCGGUGAGAGGAUCAGUGUGAGUGCCCACCAGGCUGUGAUCGAGGAGGUUUUUCCCGAGGUCAGAGACAUCAUGUCAAAUACCCUUAACACCAACUGGAACCAAGACACCACAUAUAUCACUCGUUUUCCUCUCAAUGGUUACUGCCACCUGAACUCUGUCCAGGUGUUGGAGCGGUUACAGCAGAGAGGGUUCUGGAUCACAGGCUCAUGUGGUGGAGGUGUGGACUCUUCACAGUUUAGUGAGUACAUUUUACAGAGGAAGGGACGUGAUAGUCAAAAAAACCUUCCAACCCUGAUCAGAAUCAAACAGGAACUGGACUGA